AGCAACUGCCUGCACGAUCGCAGCUCCGAACCGAUAUCAUCCAGCACAGGGCACUCUGGCCGCCGCCCUCCUGAUCCACACACGCACACGCACACGCACCACCGCCCUCAAGCAUGUCUCUGCUCGCGCCUGUGGAGCGGGCUUAUAUCCUCGAUGGUGUCGAAUGCGACAUCCGCGCCGAUGGACGAAACCGUCUGGACGCCCGCCAUCUGACCCUCGAGACCGGCAUGAUCACACAGGCCUCGGGCUCUUGUCGAGUGUCCGUCGACGGUGGAACCGAUGUCCUCGUCGGCAUCAAGGUCGAGAUCGAGACCAUCGAUCCCAAUCCCGAGGGCGACGCGGAGGUCUCGGCCUUCGACGAGACCGCUGAAACGAUUGACGAAGAUCGACGUGACAAGGGCCGGAUUGUCUGCUCGGUCGAGUGCUCGCCAUCGCUCAGCGCCGUCCUUAGCCAACGUCAAGUCGAAGAUCUGUGCAUCGAGUACAGCCAGUAUAUGACCCGUCUGCUGAACAGCCCCGAAGGCGGACUCGAUCUCAAGGCCCUGUGCAUCAUUCCAGGCUCAACGUGCUUUGUGGUCUACAUCGACGUCUUGAUCCUCGACUAUGGAGGCAACCUGCUCGACAUCAUCUUUCUGGCGACUCGCGGCGCCUUCCACAACACCAGGAUGGUCAAGGCUACGGCCGAGCAGUUGGAUGGCCAGGUUGCUUUUGACGUCUCAGAGGAGGAGUGCGAAGUGGUCCGAGGUUGGGAGAACCUUCCCAUCGUCGUUACGCUGAGCAAGAUCGGAAGACGGCAUAUCCUCGACGCCUCGCCCCUGGAAGAACUGUGUGCCGAAGCGCGGGUCUAUGUCGCCGUCAACGAAAGAGGACGCAUCUGCAGCAUACAGAAGAGCGGCGAGGGAGGGAUCGAGCCCAGAGGACUCUCUGAUAUGGUUCAGACGGCAAAGCAACUGGCCCCGGGAGUCUUCAAGAAAGUCGGAAACGUCCUGGCGGAGGAGGCAAGGAGGAUCCAGGAUGGCCAGACGCCAAUCGGAUACUACAACUGACCAAGGCGGCACGAUCUUCGCAGACGUCUCCAAGACCGCAAUAUCUAGUGCGAAUCAUCGCCAAUACAGACCGUGCAAAGAAGCAGCCGGAGAGCUGUGGCUGUUGCCGACCCCGACACCCAAAAU